AUGCUACUCAAAAGGGAAAGGAUACAGCUGCCUGCAGAAAGGAAACUCGCAGGAGGUGAAGACAUCUCAAAUAUGCGCUGGACGGAACACAAUGCCUGGCCAAUUUGCGAAGGACCAGAAACCCACCCUGCAUCAGUGCAGCGAGCUCCUGAAGUGCAUUACAUGCCGCUCAUCGCAGAUGCCAAUGAUGAAACUGCAGGCGCUAGUUCACGGAAGCGGAAAAUGGAACAAGACCAUGAAAAUCAUGAGGGCUUCUUAACGCAAACGAAGAAGGGGAAGGUGGCUAUGAAGUCAGUACAAUCAACUUCUACCAUUUUGGAUACUUCACAGGGUCGCUUCGUAGGAGCAGCGCUCACAACGGACGACGCAGCCCUGUCAGUAGAGGGAUGGCUUCUUAAUGCCAGUGAAGACUUUGAAGGAUUGCCCCCGAGACUGGCACCUGAUGAGGCACAACGGGUAGGCGGACAUUCCGAGUUCAUAGUGCAGUCCUCAAGGAAGGACGAUGAGGCUGUGUCACCUAAACAGCAGUUGGAAUCCAGCUUUGAAGGCCUAAUGUACAGGCCCAGUGCUGCGUCUCUUGGUUAUCUUGAGGAUAUGAUUAAUGCUCAGCCCCUGCAGAGCCACGACGCACUGAAAAUUAGAGACAACUCAGGAAACACUCCUUUUUCAACUGCGCCAGUGCUUCCGGAAGCAUUCCAAGCCGUGCCAACUGAGUUGCAGCCAUCGUCAACACUAGCACCAAUGUACGGAGAGUCUCCAUUUCAAGUUUCACCUUUCUUUGGGCAGAUGGCCACUCAACAGGGAGAAAAGCCCCCAUCGUCAGCGCAACCCACUGUCUUUGAAGUAGCUUCGUCCCAAUCUUCAUCUUUCGCUGGACAUAAAGGUAUUCAACAGGGAAACAAGCCCAUCCCUGAUGAAAACAUGAGAAGCGAGGCGAAUCUCUCGUUUAGUACCGUUUCUGACUUUUGUGUUCCACCUUUGGGGGGUUGGACUUCUCCGCAGAAGGAUAUUAGCACGCACCCGUUUGUCAGGUUGCCGCGUGUGCUACCGGGUGCUUAUGUUCGUCAUUUUGGCUCAGCGCUUUCAAACACGUCAUUCAGGAAGCAGGCGUACCUUGCUCACGCAUUGGUGAUUGUGAAAGACUUGCUGAAGAUGCCAUUUCUCGACAGUGUGGAUCUAGAAAUCCUAAUGAGCGCCAUUGAGCGGCUCGUCUACUAUGCAUUGCGCUAUAUGAGGAACGAAACUGAAGGGGAGAAGCCAGAGGUAAUCGUUCAAAGGUUGGCGCUUGCUUUGUUGCUGGUAGAUUCGCUAUAUGCUGCCAGUGAGGUACUUGGAUUACGGGCAAGACGGAGGAAUUGGUGGUAUAGACUCAUGAAUGUAAUUCCAUACUAUACGGGCCCUUCGGGGAAUGCAGCUACAAGUCCACUGGCAGUGGAAUAUAAUAAUUUGGCGCAAUCGUUGAACAAUGCACUAAACUUUUACAGGCGCGGUAUGCGCCCUGCACCAGAUUUUCUGGUUGAACUCAAGCGAACUGUCCUUUGCGCGAAUACCAUACCUGCACUCAGUAGGGGCUACUGGAAAGAAUGGUUAGCGGAUGAUCGCCAGUGGAGGGAGUCCCAGGGAGAUUCUACACCACAUUAA